AUGCCGGAAAACUCAGAUAACCAGAGGAAAAAGUGGUUACGAAUUAAGAUAAUAAGUAUGGGCGAUCCUCAAGUCGGUAAAAGCUGUAUCAUUAAACGAUAUUGUGAGAAACGUUUUGUAUCGAAAUACAUGGCUACUAUUGGUAUUGACUAUGGUGUAACGAAGAUGAACAUUAAAGAUAAAAGAGUUAAAGUCAAUAUCUUUGAUAUGUCCGGUGAUCCGAUUUAUUAUGAGAUUCGUAAUGAAUUUUAUAAAGAUUCUCAAGGUGCUUUACUAGUUUAUGACGUUUGUAAACAAUCAAGUUUUGAAUCAUUAAAAAAGUGGAUUGAAGAAAUGAAAAAAGAGAUUGAUAACCCUGAUAGCGUCAACAAGAUGGUCAUCGUUGUUUGCGGCAAUAAGACUGAUCUAGGUGGUAGACGUGUUAUUAGUGAAUCGGACGGUCGCCUUUGGGCAGAUAGUUAUGGCUAUUAUUAUUUUGAAACUUCUGCCAAUAAUGACACCGGCAUUCAUGAAGCUUUUGAGACGUUAGUUCAAUCUGUUGUCACUACAGUGACGACCGGUAGUAGACCUACAUCUGGAAGCUCAUUAAAUUAUUCUCGAGAACAAGCUGAGUUAGUUACAAAGAUUAAAGCAUCUCGAGAUAAUUAUGAAAGACUAGGUGUCCAACCAGGGGCAAACAAGGACGAAAUUAAUAAAGCAUAUCGAAAGCUAGCCGUUCAGUUACAUCCAGACAAGAAUACAGCGCCUGGAAGCGAUGAAGCAUUCAAAGCGGUUGUCGGAGCAAGAGCUGCUCUUCUAGGCACACGAUAA